AUGAACCCCGUAGACGACUACAGGAAAUAUUGUGGAUCAAAACUUGUAUACGACGCAUCCGGCCAAAGACGACCUGUCUUCCUACAACGCAAUCUUCGAAAAGUCCUCGAUCAUCAUGAACAUAAUUUGAACCUUCUCAAGCAUCCGUCAACAAACUCUACCUCGGAUUCGACAACGGCAGAUAUGCUUCCAAAUACUGAGAACUCACGCUUUCUCCCUAGCUUGAACAUGUUGUUCAAUGCCAUCAAACCUGCCCAGCAAACACUCAAUAUUCAGCCAAAGCAUCUUCUCAAGAUACGAAAACCAGAUGGGGAUCCAAAAGGAAUACUGGGGGUUGCCAAGCCUGAACCAUCUGUGAACCCAACGUGGCUUCCUGCCCCUAACCAGAUCCAGAUUAAAUGCAAUGUGCAUUGCAGCGUCGUUGUUCAUGAUGAGAGUGACAAACCCACCAGAGUUCUAUACACAGAGUCGCGUGUGGCUAAAUUGACCGAAACAAAUGAUGACAAAGGCGAUCCGGCUUUCGCCAUUGACAUGAAGCCAUUCGUUAUCACAGAAAAUCAGCUGCUCACCACCCAGUUAGCAAACCACAAUACAAACGGUGGCAGGAGAUGGAAAACAGACCGCCGCGCUCAAGUUGCACUGAUGGUGGGCAUCAACUGCUUCAAUUCUGAGGAUGCCUCUGAGCUGCUUUCCGUGAUCGAUCCGGAUACCAGCUCAAGACCGACUCUGUCACCAAAACAAGCUGAGCUGAGAGUAUUCUGGAGAGACUUAUCUGAUUCUACCCUUCGCAAUCAGACGCUCCUUCGACGAUAUGAGCAUGAGCCUGAGGACCAAUUCAAGCGUUCGCCUUCCAAAACUGUGGAUUAUUCAUUACGCGCAGGUAUUUCAUGGACUGGGGCUACCAAUUCACGCGGUUCCCCAUUAUCUAUGUGUAACCACAUCAUGCGACUGGUCCAACGCCGUAUCCAGCCCAAAGCACCAGAAACAGUGCACCGCCCACAGAUCUGCCACAUCACAUACCUCUUCGACGGAGGCCCAAUAGGGUCGAGAACUAUCAUCCGUACCGACCUCGGCUGCGUCUUCUGCCCGGGCCGUCUGCCACAUCCAACCUUCGACAGACUUCAUUUCCAUUAUCUGAGCUUUCAUGACCACUUCACGUUCAAGGUGCACAAGCCUGCAGCAACAGACUCCGGUUCAGUCACUCGCACAGUGCGAAUUGAGCUUGCAGCUCCGAAGUACGAGCGUGCCAGCGACAAUGUGUGUGAUGAGCGUGAGAUCACUUGGAUCAAGCCAGACAUUCCAUUCGAUCUGCAGCAAUACCUCUCGGAAGGUGGGUACAAUAAUUGGGCUAGUGGAAAACAGCUGGCUCUCAAGGCCUUUCCUAAGACUGCAAAACCAGGCUGUAUGUCAAAAGGAAUUGCGCGACCAAAGGCCUCGUUCGUCAACGGACACUCGAGGUUGACGCCGUCCAAUUGCCAGCUAAAGGUCAGGCCACCUGAAGAGGUUCCUGAGGUGCCGUCAAGGAAGCGAAAGAGGUUCGAGGUUCCUGAGAUCCCAGGAGUCACUAUAUUCCGCGCAGAGAUAGAAGGGUUUCCUCAGCUUACUGGUGCAGCCAGAGAGUUUGCAAUACUGUUCGACGAACACUUGCAAGAUGAACCAAGAAAUCUGGCGAACGUACACGUCUGUGAGGCAGUCGUUCGAUUCGUACGGAGAUUUGCAGCACGAUUGAGGCAGCCACAUCUAUUGCAGGAACUCAAGUCCAAGCUUGAUGAGCUUAUGGACAUGGACUUGAUCUCAAACGAGUAUGUCGAGUAUUGCCUCGCUUUGGUUGCUGAGAAAGGAGAGACUACUUCGAAUGGCACAGGGCAAGGACAUAUCAAGAGCGGCCCGGUGGUCAAAGAAGAAACUGCACAUGGAGCCAACCAAGCCCCAUCAUCAACUGCCCCGCAAAGUCACAACAGACUAGAUGUUAUCAUGAUUGACGACAGUGACACGGAGCCUGGCGCCGAGGUCUCUCUAGCAGUAGUCCAUCAGACGAAUAGCAACGACGUGCACAUGCAAGAUGCGACUCACCACGCACCGAAUGCUUGUGUGUGCGGCAAAGUGCCUUCUGGCUCACGUAAAGUCAUCACUUGCCGAAAUAUUUUCCAUAUGGCUUGUGUUGGCCUCAACGAACGACUACCAGAUUGGCGAUGCGAGGACUGCAGACCAGCAACGGACUAA